AUGGUAUCUGGCUCAUUGCAUCUGGCUCCGACAAGUGCAUUCUACAACGACGGUUCUCAAGAUAUCGGUCAAAUUCCUCAUCAUAUCCUUCUUGUGCGCGGGUUAGAUCCACUCACCACCGAGGAAUCUUUAUAUAACGCAACAUCCCCAUUAUCUCCUCUCCGUCGAGUAUUACUAAUAAAAGAUCGAUUAUCCAGAAUGUCAUGGGGCUUUGCUUUUCUGGAAUAUAACGAUGAACAGACAUCAUCGUAUGUUUUGGAUUUGACGCGCAAUCGAGAAUACUAUCCAGAUGGAUUCGUUAUCGAUUCGAGGCAGGUAUCACUGAAUUACGCUCACGCCGGAAGUUUUGUGCCAGUUUAUGCAACGACUGAAUGGACAAUUUGGGGCGAUGAUGGAGUUGCGUUAUCAUAUUGGGAUGAAAAGGCGUAUGCAGUAGAAUAUUCUGGGCCUGUUGUGAACAAUAAGGAUGUUGUAAUUGAAAAGGAAGAGGAGAAACCCAAACUCAAACCCAAAUUGAAAGAGCGUGUAGAAGAACACGAGAUGAUUGUGAAUGAAGAUGAGCAGAAAAACGAAAAAGAAAAGGAGGAAGAUAAUAUCCGCACAGUCGAGGAUGAAUUGAAUGCAUUCUAUUCUGAUAUGGGGGCAGUUUUGUCAUCAAGCAAGACAAACGAAACGAAAUCUAUCUUUUCUGUUUCUGAUAUGGUAUCUAAUAAGGGUGCUCAGAAUCCCACAACCACUACUAAUGCUGCCGCGACUCCACAAGAUACAACGCAAUUGAACGUAACGCAUCUUCCGUAUUUUUAUCAGUCACAACCGCAAAUAUCAUCGCAAUCAUAUCCAAGGAGAUUAAUUGUUUGUUGUGGAUUACCAGGGUCUGGGAAGACUUUGUUUUCUACACGACUAUGCGAAACUCUCGAGGGUUGGGUGAGAGUAAGCCAAGACGAUCUUGGGACUCGUAAUGCUUGUGAAGACCUCACGAAAUAUCGAUUAAAACAGAACGAAAAUGUGAUAAUAGAUCGAUGCAACUUUAACAAAAGUCAGCGAAGAACAUGGAUCGAAAUCGCUUGGAAAUUUGACGCUCACGUAGAUGCGAUUGUAAUGGACGUUCCCUACGAACUCGCUCAAUCUCGAAUUUUAGCCCGUGCCAAUCAUCCAACAAAUGUAGAAGGUCGAGACGGUGUCAAAAUCCUUGAGAAAUUUCGUGAAGAUUACACCAUUCCUCAAAUAGAAGAAGGGUUCGAACGAAUUAUUUAUCUUCAACCGCAGCAGGAACCAGUUUAUGACAAACCAACAAUAGAUGGAAUAAUGAGAAGAUUAUAUGACGAGGUUCCAGCAACGCAUGAUCGGUUGGUAAGCUUGAGGUCGAAUCAUCAUCGUGAGGGUAGAACACGUGGAAGAGGCAGCUAUUCUAGGAGAGGGUACCGGCGGGGUGGUAGUAACACUGGUGCGCAUUACGCGAGAAACUUUGAAGGAUAUCGUAAUGGCGAUAACUAUAGGAAUGUCCGAUAUGAUGGUCGAAACUAUGCUAGCUAUGAUCGAAGUGAGACGAAGAGAACUGAGUGGUCACGAAAUUCCGCUACGUAUUAUAGGGGAAAUGAUAGGCACAAACAAGAUGAGAAGUAUCAAGAAGAGUUUCCUUCGCUUUGA